GCCAACCCUACCCCGCGCGCUCUAGGACCCGGCGGCGUCGCCCAACAGCUCCGGCGUGGGCGGGGCCCGGCAUUGUGACGCCGCGGGGCGGGCUUUCCCGGCGACCGAGCGGACGGACGCUGAGACGCGCGCGGGCCCAGAGGCCGCAGGAGCGCGAGGAGCUGCGAUGAGCAGGCGGCCGGUGGCCCGCGGGGCACGGAGCUGGUGACAGCCUCGGCCAGGCGGGCGCUGCGAUGGAGGCCGAGGGCCUGGACUGGCUUCUGGUGCCACUGCACCAGUUGGUGUCCUGGGGCGCGGCCGCAGCCAUGGUCUUCGGAGGGGUGGUGCCCUACGUCCCGCAGUACCGGGACAUCCGCAGGACGCAGAACGCCGACGGGUUCUCCACCUACGUGUGCCUGGUGCUGCUGGUGGCCAACAUUUUGCGGAUACUCUUCUGGUUUGGAAGGCGCUUUGAGUCCCCACUGCUGUGGCAGAGCGCCAUCAUGAUCCUGACCAUGCUGCUGAUGCUGAAACUGUGCACUGAGGUCCGUGUGGCCAACGAGCUCAACGCCAGGCGCCGCUCCUUUGCAGGUUGGUGGCCGGUGCUUUGGAAUAAAGUCCCAGGGAAUCAGGGCGAAGGUGACUCUGGUGAAACAAAAGCCACUCUAAUCUGUCCUGAUCCAAGCAGCUUUCAUUUCGCCAAGUGGUGCUGUUAUCUUCAACUGAUAGUGUUUUCAGUGUGUUAAAUGACUUUAGUUAAACAGUUUAUAACU